AUGAUUUUGCUUUUAUUAGUAAUAAACUCUGCCUAUUGUUUGUAAUUUGGGUAUGAGGCAGAGAAGGGAUAAUAAAUCUGCUUUACUGAUAAUUUUUCAAAAGAAGAUGUAUUUGACAUAAGAAUAAGUGCUAAUUCAUCAAAUUAUGGUGUGAAGAUUGCUGAGGCUAACUCUUAAUCAAUUGAUAGUUUGUAUGAUAGAAAAGGAUCUUGGGAGCACAAUUAUUAAUACCAAUCAACUUCUGCAACUGCUCAUGUUAGAUACUGUUUAACCAAUUUUGAGAAUGACUUCAUCAUGUUUAAUAUUACAUAUAAAACUGGAUCAGAGUUGGCUAACAUGGGAAAAGUAGCUAAAAUUUCAGAUUUAAAUUAAAUGGGAGGAAUCAUUAAAAAAUUGAAUACUUAGCUUGAUGACAUAAAAAGAGAAAGAUCAUUCUUGAUAGAAAAAUUUGAUUACAUGUCAAAAUUAUAAGGUUCAAUUUCUAAAAAGCAAAUGGCAUUUGGAUUUCUAUGUUUAGGUUUAUCUAUGAUUAUUACAGUAAUCACUGUAAACAUGAUUAAAAGAAUAUUAAGAUUGAAAAAAGAAUCAUGA